AUGCCUACCAUAUCCGUGGAUAAGGCUGAGCUCUUCAAGGCUCUCGGCAAGGAGUACACCACCGAGGAGUUUGAUGAGCUGUGCUUCGAGUUCGGCAUUGAGCUCGAUGAGGACACCACCAAUUCGAAGCGCCCCAUCGUCGAUGGCGUCGAGGAGCCGCCGCAGCUGAAGAUCGAGAUUCCCGCGAACAGGCAUGCGCUGCCCCAUUUCGACACAUGA